AUGGAUGGUUCGCCUCAUGUAUCCAAGGGAAGUUGGUUCAGGUUUCGGUACGAGGAAUGCGUGGACACGCCAAACGACACUCGAAACGCUCUGCUGGUAGUUGCUACGGUGAUCACCGCCGUAACCUUCCAGUCCGGAGUUAAUCCGCCUGGAGGAGUUUGGCAAGACGAUACCAAUGGACAUAAAGCAGGAACGGCGAUAUACGCAAGCCGAAAUGUAGCAUUUCAUGUCUUUCUAACUUCGAACACUUUGGCCAUUUCUUCCUCAAUUCUUGUACUGAUGUCUCUCACAUACAAAUUCCCUUUUUAUCUUGAGUUGUUGGCUGCAAUUCUGGGAAUGCUUGUGACCUAUGCAUCUGCAGUUUUUGCUAUUUCACCUGAUGAAUCAGUGAGAUUUGGUUCUGUUUUGGGCGCUGUUGCUGUGCCUUUCAUGUUUAGGAAGGUGAAAGGAAAGAAGAAAAUGUACUGUUCCCGAGAGGUUUUAGCGUCACUUGAGCAGUUGGAAGGUGAUCGGCUCCACCUCUUUGCCCCGUGGUUCCUACAAGACAAAGAAAAUCGUAACUCGCAUUGUGCUGCCAAGACACCUUAUUUGAGAUUUAAGUUCAUCGAGUACUGUUUCGAGCGGGAUAGUUUGUCACUUCACCGUAAGGGGUGA